AUGGCGGUGGCAUUUCCCUACACUUUCGUCUCUUGCCCCUGUUCCGAUGCUUCCAAUAGAGCAUUGAAGUCGAAGCGAUCCUCGCGCGAUGUUGACUUUGAGCAAGUCCAAGACGGUGAAGAGACUUUUGACCCGCGACAUCCACGUUCUGCCUUUUCUCUGUUUCCCCCAGAGCAUUUGUUGUACUGCGAAGAAUGCCACGAGAUCAAAUGCCCUCGCUGCGUGACCGAAGAGAUCAAUGCGACCUACUGCCCAGACUGCCUCUUUGAGAGUCCUAGGGUCAUGGUGAGGAGUGAAGGGAACAGGUGUCCUCGAAAUUGCUUUCAUUGUCCCAUAUGCACAUCCCAGAUGAUUACCACUUCCAUCGGCGACGCGAAAGACGGACCUUUCAUCCUCAACUGCAACUACUGCAUGUGGAGCACCCUCGAUGUUGGUAUCAAGCUCGACAAGGCGACUGGUGUCCGCGGUCAGCUUGAUGACAUGGCAAAUGGGGGCAAACGAAAGAUUUCCACAUUGAAAUCACCGCCGUACCAAGAUGAUCCGGCACGCAAAUCUUCACUGUCCCGACCCCCUUUAUCUCUUGAGGAAAUAGGGGAGGUUGUGGAGGCCAAAGAGCAACCCGAGUCACAACCUGCUCUAGAUCCGACGUCAAGGUUCAACGCCCUGAAGACAUUCUACAAGGACCAAAUCGCCGAAUCGUCAGCAACUGACGCCGGCUUUCCCACAUCUGCGCUGGACAUGGCCUACUCUUCCCCAUCAUCACUCCAACGUAUCAUGAACAUCUACACCAAUAGAGAAAACUCGCUUAAACGGGCUCGACAAAAGCUUACAAUCAUGCGAGAGGCUCGGACAGCGAGUGAAGGACUCAAGCUUCAUGACCCACGUGCUUCUACACCCUGCGAAUACGACGAAACUACAACCAUGCCACAAAGGACUUUCCAGAACCCUCCCUUCAUCGGCAAUCCCCGAGCACGCACAGUCUCGGAGCUCAGGCCUAUGCCCACACUGAUGCGUACAAAACGAUCCAAGCGCUGCGCAACCUGUAAACACAUUCUCACUCGGCCGGAACUGAAAAUCUCCUCUGCACGAUACCGCAUCAAAUUGAUAGCGCUCAGCUAUAUCCCCUUUGUGACCAUUAAACCGCUCCCAGUCCCUGGUGGCCUGUCCCCUGCAGGACCUGAUGGAGGCGAUGUUGUCCUUGCGGCCGCAAAACCUGUCCAGUUCAUCAUGACACUACGCAAUCCGCUAUUUGAUGAUGUGAAUGUCAGUUUGGGAAGCCCCAGCCUGACGCCGGGAAAGCAUGGACAUCGAGUCACGAUCUUGUGUCCACAGUUUCAGAUCGGGAAGAACAGCGACGCUUGGGACGACGCUCUUAACAACCCUCCGAGCCAAGCAACGGCCAGUGCCAACACAGCGGGCGGAGAACAGAUCGCCGGCAAACUGUACGACCAUGGUCGGAACUGGGCGAGCGUGGUCAUUGAGAUUAUCCCGGCGAGCAUUCUGAGAAAUGAGGGUGAGGAACUGGAAGAGGACGAGGAUGUCAUUGAGAUUCCCAUUAGAGUGAGGCUAGAGUGGACUGUUACCGAGGAUGAGACUGCUGGUAUUGUAGAGAGACGGAAACGAGAUAGGGAGAAGGUGCUCGAAGACGGGGAAGAGGCGGAUGAUGGGAAGCGAGAGUUGAGUUACUGGAUGGUCCUCGGCAUCGGAAGAGUCGACUGUUAA